UUCGGCGCUGAUUUUUAAGUACCCGGUAAGUCUUUAUAAAAUCAAGAUACAAAAUUGAAUCGAAACGAGCGAAUCUGAGCUAACAACAAAGGAAUUGAACUUGUUGUGAAAUAUUCAUAAAUGCGAAAUGCUACUCUGAUGACGUCACGGGAUGAUUUCUUGUCAAUGGAAGCGCGGAAGCCAUGUUCAUUAUCCCGCCAUUUUGAGUAAGGCACAGGCGACUCGGUGGUUGUUGGUGGGCCAUUUGCACUAUAGUUAAGACGAUUCCUCUGGCACCAAAAUGAGCGAAGGAAGUGCUACAGGUAGCGCUGAUGAUCAAGAAGAAGAGUCCGUUUUUAUGCUGUGUGGGCUUUGUAAAAAGCCGCCGGUAGACACAAGCCCGAAGCUUUUACCUUGCCUUCACUCUUUUUGUUUAAAUUGCUUGGAGGAACGUUUUGCCGAACAACAGCGAGAGAAAGUCCCUUCGACCUCUGCCAGUAGAUCUUCGAAUUCGAUCCCAAGACUGAAAUGUCCAAAUUGUGGUCAAGAGUUUUUGGUUCCUACAAAAGGAGUACUAGGCUUCCUGGAUAACCAGUUUGUCUUAGAGAACAUGGGAAAACUGCAAAGAAACCAAGAAAACGUAAACCGUUUCUGCACUUCUUGCGAAGACAACAGUCCAGCUUCGUCUUUUUGUUUGAACUGCAGCGAUUGGCUCUGCGAUGCGUGUGUUUCUGCCCAUCAGCGUGUGAGAGUAACGAAGGAUCAUAAAAUACAGUCUGAGGCCGAGUAUUUGGAAAACUCUGAGUCCUCGGACGUGAAACCGAUUUUUUGUGGUACACACCCUCAAGAAGCCCUUAAACUCUUCUGUGCUAACUGCGAAAAACUAACUUGCAGGGACUGUCAGCUUCUUGAACAUAAAGAUCAUAAAUACCAGUUCAUAAAAGAGGCAGCAGUGAACUAUAGGGAUAACCUAAGGGGACAAUUAAAUCGACUGUACGAACAAGCGCAGCCUUUGACUGACUCAAUUCGCGAAGUUGAAAAAGCGGCGAAAGGUUUACAAGAACGCGAGGAAACCAUUGUAUCUGAAAUAAAAAAGUCAUCGGAAAUGCUUGUGAAAGCUGUCAAACAAAGAGAGAACGUUUUGUUGCAAGAAUUAAAAGCUCUUGUACUUUUUAAACACAAACUUUUGUCCAAGCAGAAUAAAGAUCUCCGCUUGAUGCAAAAGAUCCUUCAACAUAAUUAUGGCUUCACCAGACAUGUAUUAAAGAAUGGUAGCGACAUGGGACUGUUGUAUAGUAAAAGACAGCUCAGUUCAAGAAUACAAAAUCUGUUAAGCUUGAAAUACAAUGUACUCCCUGUAGCUCAUAGUGAUUUGAAAUUCUCUGUUGAAACGGAAAAGCUCUGUGCUGUGAUUGCUAAACUUGGAAGUGUUAUGACUCCAGCUGAUAGAACUAAUACCAAUUCAUUUCGUGGAUUGUCCAAUACUGGUAGUUUCACUGGUCUGUCAAACAGCACUGUAUCAAUGGCUAUGUCAAAUCGCCCGGUUUGUUCAAGCAGUUCUUCAAGACCCAAUCCUAUUGAAGCUCUUUCUGCGGUCAAUAAGCGCUUAGGACCUCCAGGAAGCCAGACCUUUCCUACAAAGUACCCCUCCCUUCAGGCUGCUAUAGUUCACCCAUCUGGUGCAGGCAUCAACAUGAAUGCCAAAGUUGGCGUGGUGCCGGCAAAUGGCUUGUCUCGCUUGCCAUUACCAUCUGCAACACGGAGCCUUACUGUGAAACCAGGAACUGGAAUUUCCACCAACAGCUUUUCUUUCGGACAGAGGAGCCCAAACGUCAGUAACUUGUCAAGUAUCACCCGCUUGUCACCCCCACGCCCUAUUCGAAAUGGUAACACCCUUCCUUUACGGCAUUUCCAGGAUAUUGGUAGUAAAAUUGUGAUCAAAUCUCCUCCACCCAGACCACCCAGCACUGGAAGCAACCAUAGUCACCAGAGCACAUCACCGCUCAGUGACUCAUCAGCUUCUUCAUUGAAACAAAAUGGUUGGGAUGACCAACCAGCAGCCAGUGAGGCAUCAACUCAAGUCUUGAAAGGUGCAACCUCUCCGACUGGUAUUGGGGAUUCAAAGGUGCCCAGAUUACUUCCUGUGUUAAAGAGAAGUCACAGCUCUCAAGAAUUGUUUGACCCUGGAGUUUCUCCCCAGGUUCCCAAAUUGCUCCCAGUGAAAAAGAGAAGCAAUAGUUCCCAGGGAAUUCCUGAUCCAGUUGAAUCCCCUGUUGCAACCUCCUCCCCACCACCAGUCAUGGUCAAGCAGGAAAAACCAGAAUCCCCUUCAGAAUUCUCCCCAUGUCAUGAAUCAAUGAAGAAGCAGCAACAAGAUGACACCACCAGUGGAGAGAGUGGAAUUGAGGAGACCAGUUCAAAUGAUGAUUGGUGUGCAGUGUGUCGCAAUGGUGGAGAACUUCUUUGCUGCGACACAUGCCCUAAAGUGUACCACUUACAGUGUCAUGUACCUUACCUUUCUGCUACUCCAAGUGACUCUUGGAGCUGUGGUUUAUGUCAGGAGGUUGAUUGGAGUUCGUUAAAACAGAAAGAUAAGGAAAUUGUUCAGCCAGGCAAUAAGAGACGGUCCUCUCGCAGUGGUCUGACUGAGUAUGAGAGAAAGGCUUGUGAAAAGAUUCUUCUCGAGCUGUAUUGUCAUACAGACAGUAUUCCAUUUCAACAACGAGUCAGUAAAUCGGUUCCUAAUUACUAUAAAGUUAUUUCAAAGCCAAUGGAUCUGUCAAAUGUUCGUGCCAAGCUUCAAACUCAAAACUUUGCUCAUUACCAAAGCUUCAGUGAGUUUGUUGGUGAUUGCCGAUUAAUCUUUGACAAUUGUGCAAUAUUUAAUGAG